UUGCUAAUAAAAUAUUUAACAAAAAACCCCUUAAUGCAAUUUUUUUUAGCACACAAGUCCUAAAUGGUCCUUGUUUGUUUUGGUGGUUUACAUUUAGUUCAUCAACCUUACAUUUAAUUUAGCAGAGCUAGUUAGCUAUAUUCAAACCAUAUCAAACCAAAAUAUCAAUAAAAUAACAUGCACAAAUUAAUUUAUAAACAGCAAUUUUUUGCAGAUAAUUAUCUACAGAAAUGGCAAUUCAGAGAAUGAGAAUCAAUCAAAGAUUCCUUCCACACCUUGUAUCUGUAUUUACCAUCUUACCCCUGCUGUCACAUCUAACAAGUGCCGCACCAGUAGGAGUCUGCUACGGGCGCGUGGCGAGUGACCUGCCACCACCCCCGGCCGUGAUCCACCUCCUCCAAGCCAACGGAAUCUCAAGGAUCCGGAUCUUCAACCCUGAUCCGGAAGCUCUCGCCCCGUUCUCCGGCACCGGAAUCCAGCUCAUGAUCGGCAUCCCAAACGAAAUCAUCCCCGAUCUAGCAAACGACACCGUUUCCGCCUCCCUCAUAUGGCUCGGAUCCAACAUCUUCACCCACAUUUCACCUUCCCAAGUAAAAUACUUCGCCGUCGGCAACGAAGUCCUGCUAAAUGACCCGUACUACUCCCCGUUUUUAGUACCCGCCAUUCUCAAUCUGUACCGAGCUCUUCAGAUGCUAGGGUUAGCCGACACAAUCAAACUUUCAUCCCCACACGCGGCGGCCGUUUUGUCCGACUCCUACCCACCGUCGGCCGGCGCUUUCGACCACAACCUCACGUCAGUUCUGGUUCCGCUCCUGAAAUUUCUGAACGAAACCGAAUCGCCGUUGAUGGUCAACGUUUACCCCUUCUUCAGCUACGUCAACAACCACCCGUACGUCACGCUUGACUACGCCCUUUUUAGGUCGUCGGCGGUCGAGAUUGACCGCGAUCUGGAAUACACGAACGUGUACGAUGCGACGAUAGACGCGUUCGUGUACGCGAUGGAGAGAGAAGGAUUUUCUAGAAUUCCGGUGAUGGUGACGGAGACGGGAUGGCCGACGGACGGCGGAGAUGGCGCCGGAGCUGGUAAUGCGUUGGAUUAUAAUAGGAAUGUUGUGAUGAGGACGAAGGGUAAUAUCGGAACUCCGAAAAGACCGGGAGUUGGGGUUGAGGUUUUUCUUUUUGAUUUGUUUGAUGAGAAUGGUAAAACUGGUGUUGAGUUUGAGAAGCAUUUUGGAAUGUUCCGGGUUGAUGGAAUCAAGGCUUAUGAUAUUAGCUUCAUUUAAUAUUAUUAUUUAAAUUAUAUUUUAUUGUAUUGUUUUUCUAUAACUAUUUACUUAGUAAAUGUUCCUGUUUUUUUUUUUUAAACAUUAUUUGUACUAUUUUUG